GGUACAUACGUACUCGUAAUCAAUUUUUUUUCCUUUCCAAAGUAACAUAGUUAGUGUAUCUAUAAUGGCGGUUUAUAACAAGUUAUGUAGCGUAAACUAAUUGAUUUCAUCCCGAAAGAAAGAAAUUGGUCACAAUAAGUUCUUCAUUUCUGACCAAUAUUUAACUCUCGGAAAUCUUCGGUUAACCUAUUUGCAUAAUGUAUGCAUAGCGCGCGCCUUUUAAACACGUGAUUACAGAGAAAACAAUGGCGUCGGUAAGUAUUGACGUUAUUUCACUUUGAGUAAUCUUUUGUAUAUAUUGGAAUAAGAACCAUUCCGAUUAAAUUAGUUUUAGUAGAUCAUGUGCAAAACACUAAUUAUUAAUUAGAUAUGCACAUAUCCAAGAAUUGGUUGAAAAUAUCCAAAAUGAAUGACUUGAACUCUUCUACCAAAAAUAGCGUCUGUCAUACGUCUUGCCACGCUUGUUUGUUUAUAUUUUAUUUUUAGAACUUUACAGAUUUUAGUCUGAUUAAUUAGAGACACAGGCACGUAUAAUUGGGGGAGGGGAUACGUUUUCGAAAAUAGCCAUCAUUUGUUAUGUUUGGAUAUAUGAAAGAUAUAUACCCCCCCCCCCCCCCAUACCUAAUGACAGUUGUACAUGUAUAAUAAAAUGGGUCUAAAGCAAGUUGGAAAGUUUUGAAUAAAAAUUAUUUAGUGAAGUAUGGGCAUUCAUUGAUUAAAAUAUUUUUAAAGAAACUACUUCUCUUCCGGAUGACCCCUUCCCAGCAACAUACACAUUAAAACCCAUGUGCCCAAUUUGUGAUAGUAGAAUGGGAGAUUCAAAAUCACUUGUUAUCCACCUAAUUCUAUAGCAUUGUCCUUACAAUCCUCACCCCACCUAUUAUCUCAACCCAAUAAAUAAUAAUCACAUGGGCUCUUUUUGCCAAUUUUCAGGAGAGUUCUAGUACCACAACUAUACAGAGCAGUGAUGAAGAGAUAGAUGUUCAAGGUCAAGUGAGAGGUAGGGGCAGAAACCGUGGAAGGGGGAGAGGUGUUCGAGGAAGAGGCAGAGGAGGCAGGGGGAGAGGUAGAGGAGGCAGGGGAAGAGGUAGAGGAGGAGGACCAUCAAGAGAUGAAGUUGCCCUUGAUCAAAUCAAUAGAAGGAGUGAAGUUUUACGGGAACACAUUUCAAUUAUGGAGGUGGAUGAACUUCGAGAACUGUGCCUAACGAUGGCAGAAAAACAACCUGGUCUAGUUCACGAUAUCAUGCAUCCUCCUACCCAACAAGGGGGCUACCACCCACAACCUGGCGGGACUUGCCCAAACUGGUGUGUUUGUGGAAAUUGCCGGCAGAUGCCAACAGAAAGGGAGAAAGUGUGCUGUGGGAAAGAGCAAUGCAUAACUCUUUUACCAGACUUCUCGGUGCUAAUUCUCGAUGAAGCUGUGCUAGCCCUUGCCAGACUAUAUAGGAGAGACAUUUUGGUCUUCAAUGAUGAAGUGGACGAGAGAAAAGGCAACCGUCACCAAGCGUACCGACAGUAUAUCUUGUGGACCUAUGGCAGACUAGGUGCAGGGGACAGACGGGUCAUUCCAUCCUGCGCGGUUUGGUCUAUUAGAGACAAGUUUCCUGACCCUUUUGGUCAAUACACUGGAUUUGUUGCAGGGCGAAUAUAAAUGUACAUAGCCAAAUAUAAUAUAUAUAUAUAUAUAUAUAUAUAUGUGUUUGUAAAUGUAAUUGUAUAUAUACUAACCUUAAAAUUAUGAUAGCCAGUUGUAUAUUAUUUUAAUACUGCUAGUCCAAUAUUGUUAUUCUCUAUAAAUAUCCUAGAUUUUUUUUUUUUUGGUAUUGCAACUAUGAAGUUGAAAUAUUUUUACAUCCUCGUAGCCAUGUUUAAAAAUUUACCUAUAUCUUAGUAAAAUGGAACUAUUAUCAGUCACUUUUGAUUUUUUACACAUUGUUCAUAUCUUUAUCAAUAAUCUGUUGUGGUAAAAGAUUGAAGAAAUUGUUGUAACAAGAAUAAAUUUUCUAGGUCUUUUAAA